UUUACAGCAACAUUUUCACGUCAACACGUGUGUAGGCUUGCAGCGUCAGUUCAGCUUAGUAGCCUACGUGAAUCUUUGCAUGUUCGCAGUUUGAAGAUACAACACUUUUCUUUUUACCACAUGCAUACAUAACUAGGAUCCAUCGAGCGACGACUCUCUUCUCUUCUGCGUCCACCAUGAAGAAGAAGUAGGAGGAGGGAUUUCUUCUUCUUGACUUUGACGACCUGCCUGUGGAGACUGUGCAGAAAAGUAUCAGAAUAUACAUUCAAAGCUGCUUAUUGUGACACAGAUGCAACAAGGGGUGGAUUUCUGAUUUAAGGAACCAUGAUUUGGAGGAAAAUCCAACCAGGAACCUGCAGAGCAUGGCUGUCUCGGGUUUCUUUGAGGCAGGAGCUGUGUUUCUCAUCGGUGCCCCCGCAGCCGGUGCCCCCUCUGAUCCAGACGCUGCAGAGUUACCUCAGGAGCCUGGAGCCCCUGCUGCCCCCCGAUGAGCUCAGCCACACCCGCAGGAUGGUGCAGGAGUUUGGCAGGCCCGGGGGCCUUGGUGCACGGCUGCAGGCAGGACUGGAGAAGAGAGCCAGAUGCACAAAGAACUGGAUCUCUCCCUGGUGGGUGCAGUGGGCGUACUUGGAGAGCAGACAGCCGCUGCCAGUGCAUUCAAACCCGGCCAUUUCUCUGCCCAGGAGAGAUUAUAACGGCUGGAGGAGCCAGCUAGUGUUUGCAUCCAAACUCAUUGCAGCAGUUCUAGACUUUAAGGCCACAAUCAACACCGGCCAGCUGCCAUUGGAGCACCUGCGAGGGAAGCCUCUGUGCAUGGAGCUCUACCCGCUCCUCUUCUCCUCCUGCAGGAUCCCCGGCCCCAAACACGACCAAAUCGCUCACUAUGGGCGCGCCCGACGCUCGCCGACACACAUCACAGUGGUCAGGAACUACCAGUUCUUCCAGCUGGAGGUUUACAACAGCGACGGCUCUCGGAUGACGGAGAGUCAGAUCCACGGACAGCUGCUGAGGAUCCGCUCUCAGUCCUGGAAGACGGACAAAGAGCCGAUGGGCAUCCUGACCAGCGAGCACCGUCACACCUGGGGACAGGCCUACGACCGGCUGCUGAGAGAUAAACUAAACAAGGAAUCAGUGCGGCUGAUAGAGACAGGACUUUUCUCUCUGUGUCUGGAUUCUCCCGUCAUGAGGAUAUCAGAUGAAAAGUAUGCCAGUCGCAAGGCAGCACAGAUUCUGCACGGAGGUGGGACGUUCUCAAACAGCGGCAACCGCUGGUUUGAUAAAACUCUGCAGUUUGUGGUGGGUGAGGACGGCUCGUGGGGUCUUCUGUAUGAACCAGCCACAGCCGAGGGUCCGCCCAUAGCAGAACUGCUGCAUCACAUCCUCGAUUACUGUGAGAAGCCAGACCCAAAGAGAGCGCCGUUGGUUCCUCUACCGAUGCCCAAGAAGCUUUACUUUAACAUAGACCGAGAAAUCAAGAGGGACAUAGAGCAUGCCAAGCAGAACCUCGAUAUACUAAUCAACGACCUUGACGUGAACGUGUUCAACUUCAAAAAGUUUGGCAAGGAGCUUCCUAAGCAGCACAGCCUGAGUCCAAACUCCUUCAUCCAGGUCGCCCUGCAGCUCGCCUACUACAGAGUCCACAAUGAGGUCUGUCCUGCCUGUGAUAUCGCCUCUCAGAGGAUGUUUAAAGGAGGAAGAACCGAGUAUAUCCGCUCGCCCACAAACCAGACGCUCAAGUUCAUUCAGGCCUUCGAUGAUCCAUCUGUCUCGCACGAAGCAAAGCUACAGCUGUUCAGAGAAGCUGUUGAUGCCUACACAGCUCUGACUCAUCAGGUACUUAAUGGACACGGCAUAGACAACCACCUGCUGGGGCUCAAGCUGCAGGCCAUCGAGGAAGGACUGAGCAUCCCCAAAAUCUUCAUGGACACCGCUUACGGCCUCGCAACACACUGGAAACUCCGGACCGGACAGGUGCCUGCGAACACAGACAGCGUGAUGUGUUUCGGGCCCCUCGUUCCUGACGGUUAUGCCAUUUGCUACAACCCUCAAGCAGACCACGUACACUUCUCCAUCACCGCCUUCAACUGCUGUGAGGAAACGCAUGCGGAAACAUUGGCUCUCACCCUGAAGGACACUCUGUGUCAGCUACAGGAGCUACUGCAGCCUACCGUGUAGAGCUGCUCCUGUUCCCCAACCUCUCUAACCUGGGAAAAUAAAGAAAAUAUUAUUAUCAAUGUUUUUGUCUUCAUACGGCUUGUUUUGAAUGUUAUGUUAUGAGCGGUUAAAUCUGAGCUAAUUUUGAAGGCAGAAAACUGUCUCUGUGGUGCUUUUGAUGCUUUUUUUUAAUGCUUUUUUCAUGAAGCAAUAAGUCACUUUCCUUUUCUUUUCUUGCAAGAGCUGACCAAGCAGCCUACAUUAUGUUCUACAGCAAAAGCACUUAAAGGGCAUCUAAUGCUCCAUUAUGUGUCGGUGAAACCAAAACAAGUCAACCUGACACUCAGUCAUUGAUCAGAACAAGCCAAAACGUGUCUGUAGAAACUGACUGCACUCCCAAGUCAUGAGAUGACCUGUAGGCUUUCUAGUACCCUCUAUUGUGAAUACAUAUGUUCCAGCAGUUGCUCAUCAGCUUUAAUAGAUACAUGUUUUUGGAAACCCUUUAUUGUCUUGUUAACCUGUCUGUUUGAAAUGGACCAAAAGCCAGAAAUCUGGUUCUAUAUGUUAACAAUGCAAAGAAGUAUCAGCUUUUGCCUACUUUGGAGCAACCUGAUCUUCAGGAUGUAUUUACUUUAUGCUGAAAUUAAUGUAAAGAGGCUUUGGCACUCCUCCUCGCUACGACCUAUUGUUCUACUCUCAACCUGCAGGACUGGUUAAUAAAGCCUGUGAUCACA